AUUCCCCUUCCAAGCUGCAGGCUGCAGCCUCCAUGCCGCUCGCCCCGCGCCGACGCCGCCAAAACCCUCCCCAAAACCUCCGACAGACGCCGCCCACCUCCCAGGGAUGCCGCCCAGGCCGGCGAGGCGGGUGUUCCAGUACAUCUCCUCGCCCCGCAGGCCGCCGCCGUCCCCGCUGCCCGCGGCCCCCGCCGCCGGGGAGGCCACGGCCUCCGAGGCCGACGCCGACUCGGUCUACCACAUCGUGACGGCCGCGCCCACGCCGUCGGCCAUGGAGUCCGCGCUCUCCGCCUCCGCCGUCCCUCUCUCGCCGCCGCUCCUCGACCUCGUCCUCCGCCGCUUCCGCUUCGCCCACGGGGACCCGCUCCGCGCGCUCUCGCUCCUCUCGCUCGCCGCCGACCGCUGCGGCGUCGCGCCCUCCCCCUUCGCGCUCGACACGGCCCUCUACGUGCUCGGCCGCGCCCGCCGCUUCUCCCACAUGUGGGACCUCGUCCAGUCCAUCCACCGGCUCUGCCCCGACGCCAUCACCGCGCGCACCGCCAUGGUCGUCCUCGGCCGCGUCGCCAAGAUCUGCUCCGUCCGCGAGACCGUCGCCUCCUUCCGCCGCCUCUUGCGGCUCUUCCGCGGCCGCGAGGGCACCGAGUCGGCCGACCUCUUCAACGCGCUGCUCCGCACGCUCUGCCAGGAGAAGAGCAUGUCCGACGCGCGCAACGUCUACCACGCGCACAAGCACGAGUUCCAGGUGAACCGCCAUACCUUCAACAUCCUGCUCUCCGGGUGGAAGUCCUCCGAGGAUGCCGAUGCGUUCUUCGCAGAGAUGCGAGAGCACGGGAUUGAUCCUGACUUGGUCACCUACAACUCUUUGAUUGAUUGCCACUGCAAGAACCAUGGCGUGGAGAAGGCCUAUAAGCUGCUCGAUGAAAUGCGUGGGAAUGAAAUUGCUCCCGAUGUGAUCACCUAUACGAGUUUGAUUGGCGGAUUGGGACUGGUUGGCCAGCCUGACAAGGCUAGAGACCUGCUGAAGGAGAUGCGUGAGCUUGGAUGUCACCCGGAUGUGGCGGCGUACAAUGCCACAAUACGGAACUUUGUUAUAGCAAAGAGGCUUGGUGAUGCGUUUGCGUUGAUGGACGAAAUGGCCUCAAGGGGACUGAUGCCGAAUGCCACGACAUAUAACCUUUUCUUCCGGUUCUACUACUGGGCGUACGAUAUUGGUAGCACGUGGCUGUUGUAUGAGCGGAUGCGGUCUGAAAGAUGCUUCCCCAACACGCAAUCUUGCAUGUUUAUUAUCAGGUUAUGUCAUCGGCAUGGUAAGGUGGCAGAAGCACUAGAGCUGUGGGGCGAUAUGGUCGAGAACGGGUUUGGAUCAUUCACCUUGGUGUCAGAUGUUUUGUUUGACCUGUUAUGUGAUGAGGGAAAGCUGGAGGAGGCUGAGAGGUGCUUCCAUCAAAUUACUGAUUUGGGGCAGAAACCCAGCAGCAUUUCAUUUAGAAGAAUCAAGAUACUAAUGCAGCUUGCCAACCGGGAAGAAUCUAUUGCCGGGUUAACUGAGAAAAUGGCUCGGUUUGGCCGGCUGCUGCCUGAGGAUUGCCAAAGAGUUCGUCCCCCUGCUGAAACCACACCCGAUGGAGAUGAUACUGAAAUAAUAAUAGCAACUUAGCAUGUUAUUCAUACGACAGGGAGCAUCAUUUGAUGACCACAAAUUUGGUUGACCAGGAAAUUGUUGAAUUGGUUCUGAAGAGUUCAUUGUACUAUUAUUAUCCUGUGGAGGUAUGAACAAUUCGGGAUGUUAUUGAGAGACAAUCGAUGUAUAUUGUCAGAUUAUUGUCAUUAUUAAUACUUCCCCUGUUCCUAAAUAUAAGUCUUUUUUAGAGAUUC